CAAAGAUGUACGACGAAACAAAGGGUUAUCGUUCUUAGCCAACUUGGAGUUUAUUGAUUUUUGAGGUAAUUAACAAGAUGCAGUGUACACAAACCGUAAUAUAUUACUUUGUUCAUUCUAGACUAAGAUCAAGCAUUGGCUGUUGUUCAUUCUUCUUCUUUGUUUGCAAUAUAUCGAUAAUAUAAUAAUGUAAUUCGCCUCCUAGACUUGCCGCCAUUUUUUCGCCAUGAAGUGGAUUUAUUUACAUUAUUUUAUUCAUGUGUAUUUUUUAAAAUCAUUUGUGGUUUAGGCCUUUUAAACUACCAAAAGUAGUACUAACUUAAACUUAAGUUAAAACUAAAAAAACAAAAAAAAAAAAAAAUAACAACCACUACCAGACUUUCAAUAAUAUUAAUAAUUCCGCCAGUAGCUUAAGAUUCUUAUUAAUUAAUAGUAAUAUUAUAAUUAUACUAUACUUGUUUCUUUUACAAGUUUUUAAUUAAUUUUAUUUUGAGUCACUCACUCUCAGUCUCAAUAUUGUCAUUAUUUAAUUAAAUUUUAAAUACUUAUCCUACUAGGCACUAGGUCUAUCCCAUAUUAAUAAUAUUUAUAAGGAGGCACUGGGUAAGAGCAGUAAGAGUAAGGCAAGUUAAAACUUUGUGGCAUGGCCUGUAUAAAUUAUAAAUUACAUUAAAAAAAUAAUAGGUUUCCCAAGGGCAGUUGGCGUCCACUUUUGUUAUUAUUAUAAUUAUAGUUAUUUAUAUUAUGCACACUGCUUACGCAUUAAUAUAAUAAAUUUUACACUCUCCAUUUCCUGCCUUUUGCUGAAAACUGGUCAUUGUCAUCAGAUUAUAAAUUACUAUAAUUAGGCCCUUAUUAACAAGCAUAUGCAGUGUAUGUAGAAUGAAGUAUUUUAAAAAAUCCUCAACUGCACUGUGUAGUGUAAGGGAGAAACAGCAUUUCAUUAACGGGUGUUGUUGCAUAUCUUAGGGAUAUAAUCAAGUUCAUCCUGAAUUAUGCUUAGGCCGCAGGCAGCAUUUGUCUUGAUGUUGGAAGCAUUGAGCUCCACCAAUUGGCAUCGGCAUGGCAUAUGGUUUUAUGCCAUAGUCUUUUAGGGCCUAUCUCGCCCUAAAAAUCACUGGCCUACUUAUGGAAAUAAGCCUAGGCCUAACGCAACAAACUGACCAAGUGCAUGAUCCCAUUUUGAGAUAGGCUACUGAUGGUAAUAAAUUUAUUAGGGCUAGGUUAAAGAAUUCUGCAUAUUUUUAGUUGUUCUUGUUAUAAUUAUAGGGUCUAGCUUUAACUCCUAAAUUAAAUGAUUAAUUAUAAAAAUGUAUAGGCAUAAAAAUAGGCCCUAUGGUAAGGCUGGCAUAGGCACGGUCUGCUAGUCCUAUUUAAAGCAUAAUUUAAUGAAUUAACAUUUUAUUAUAAGAAAAUGCCUAAUUGAAGUUUAAGCAGACUUGACUCACUUGUAAUUUGAAAGAUUUGCCAGGGUCAGACUUAGUUUAUUUUUUUUUUAAUAUAGCUGAUUAUUUUAAAUUAGUCCCUUUGAACUUUUAAGGUAGCUUCAUGUAAAUCAAAUGCAUAGACUAGGGUAGUGCCUGGAUUAUAUUAUUUUUAGAUCGGCCCUUUGCUUUUUUGUUCAUUUAAUAGGCUUGAUAUAAUGCCUAAAAUUACAUAGACCCUAACUGGCAAGCAAAAGCUGUGCCUUGGGGAAAAGCCUUAUUACCCCCUUCCUCAUCAAACUUCUAUUUGAAGCUUUUUUGCAAGGACUAAUUUUCUAGUGGUAGUAGAGAAUUACUUAGCAUUAAUGUUUACUAGUGUAACAUGUGUUAGAUCCAUCAUAAUAAGAUUUCUUUCUUAAAUAAAUUUAGAAGUGACAUUUUCUUUAGAGACAUGAAAAUGUGGGAUGCUAGUAAUGUUAGGGAUAAUUUAUCUUCAAAUCAAUAAAAUAAACUUAUUUUAAUACCUGUGUAAAGUUGGAGCUUUAUAAGAAUAGAUAAAACAAGGAAAUACCUCAUACUAAAUGAUUCUAAGACUCAAAGCAAAACUUCAGCUUAAGGUUGCCCAAAUAAUAGCAGGUUUCAUGUCCAAAAGUAUAAAGAAACACCAUCUAAGUCACAUAGUAGAUACGAGGGCUGAACAGACGGGACAAACUGAUUCAAAAAAAGCAAGACUCUGCCAACUUCAUUUACCUUGUUGCACUGCAAGGAGUUAUUGAUCAAAGAUGAUUAGGUACUUUUGGAAUAAUUACAAUAAAAAAUCAUGAUCAUCGCUUACUGAAUGGUCAAAGAACAUCUCGCGACAUGAUGGGAACAUCAGAAAACUAGUGAAUUAUUGGCAGCUGGUAAUAAAUUGGCAGAGUUUCAAGGAGAAUUACUGGUAAAUGCUCAGCAUUGAUGUUUGAUAGAAUGAGGUGACAUCAAGCACUUUUAGGCCAUCAACACAUUUCCUUUGAUGUCUAACGACAGUUUAUUGAUAGACAAGAUAAUUUAAAAAUAAAAAUGGGAAAAUAAAAACUUUCUUCUUCUUAAGUACUUAACUUUUGAAAAAGUUUCAAAAUAAUUACAAUUAUUAUAUCAUAAUUUCUUUUCCGCACCAUCUCUAACCAAGUAUCUCUAACCAGAGAAAUACGCACCGGGGCACCACAAGGCUGCGUUCUCUCUCCUGUACUGUAAAUAAUAUAUACAAAUGGUAUUCAAAGCUCAAGCAACACCGUUCCAAUCUUAAAAUAUGCUGAUGAUACCACAAUUGUUGGCUUAAUAUCUGAAGGAGAAGGCCUAUACCGUAACUUAGUAACAAGCUUUAUCAAUUGGUGCGAUGAAAAUUUUCUCCAGUUGAAUGUCUCAAAAACAAAAGAAAUGGUUGUUGAUUUCAGGAGGGGGAAACACCUGAUUACAGAUCUCAACAUAAAAAAUAAAAAUGUGGAGAAAGUGGAGGCGUUCAAGUACUUAGGUGUCACCAUUAAUAAUAAGCUAACAUGGCAUGAGCAUGACCAAAUCCUGUAUAAGAAAUUCAACCAAAGACUGUUCUACUUAAAAAAAACUGUACAAUUUCGGCGUAAACAAACAAGUCGUUAACUUAUUCUACAAUGCAACUAUUGGAAGCCUGCUUAAUUUCAGUAUUACCUGCUGGUGUGGGAAUUCAACGUCUGAUAUUAAACACCGCAUAAACCGACUAAUCAAGAAAGCUAGAAACAUAUCACAAACUAAACAUCCUUCACUUGAAGAACUAUUUGAAGAAAGAUGUUUUUGCAAAACUAAACACAUUUUGGAUGAUACAUCCCACCCUCUUCAUCCUAGAUACUUAGGAUCGGGCAGUUCGGGACGAAUUCUUUCCAUCAGGGCGAGGACUGACCGAUAUAAAAAUUCUUUUGUUCCCCAAUCUGUACGAAUUUACCGAAGUGCUUCCUCUGAAGUCACACAUCUGAAUGAGAACUAAUAAGUCCCCGAUUUUGCUAAGAGAACUCACCGAGUGGCUGCUUGAAAUAAUUUAUUAUAAAUGUCUUGUGUUCAAAUUGUUUUAUUUUUGUGCUGAAAAUGUAUAAUGCAAUCAAAAAACAUUUCCAUUUAUUUGGAUCAAUAAAAGAAUCUUAUCUUAUCAUCAUCAGUGGGGCUACACCUCAUGUAGGGCCCUGGCCUGCUCCACCACAUCCUUCCAUUCAGAAUGAUCCAUGGCUUUCUGCCUCCAUGCAGGAACCCCCAACUGGUGUAACUCCUUCUCUACAUCGUCGCUCCAUCUCAGGUUUGGGCGACCAGUGAGUUGUCUGCCCCUAGGUUUCUGCCUGUAUAUCACUUUUGCUGCUCUACAUUCCGGCAUCCUUUCAAUAUGUCCGUCUCAGCGCAGUCUGCCUUUUUUUUAUUGUUGCGACUAUGGGUGGGUCUUUGUACAAUUUAAUUUCUUUUCCAGAUAAAUCAAAAGAAGUGAAAUGCCCAGAGAAAUAAAAACUCCAUUAAGGUAUGUUACUGGAACAGAUCAACAACCAGCGGUGGUGAAGAAAAGGGGAAGGCCAAAGAAAAUUGUUACAGAACCUGUUGUUGUUAUUGGGGAUGGGGAGGACUCAGAGGUAGAAAUAUUAGAUGAACCUAAACAACCUUCAAAAAGAAAGAAAUGUGAUGAUGAUCCAGACUGGGCUGCUGGGAAAAAGGUAUUUUAAAAAUUUUUUUACAUUCUUUUUUUUUUUUUCGCGUUAAAAAAAAAUUUAAUUUAUGAUUGCGUGAACUUUAAAAAAAUUAAAUGAACUUGUUUUCAAUACUUGGAUUUAAAAAGGGAUAAUUAAUUCAAAGUUAUAUGCUUCUUGCACAAGAGGUAGGGGGACUAUAAUAAUUAACUCUAAGGUCCUGCUGCUAUUGUUUUGGUUGUCAACCUUUUUUUGCAGGCAUCUUUAAAAAAAAAAAAGUGAAUGCAAUUUCAAUAAUUAUAAUGAUGCCUACUGUUACUCAUUUGUUAAACGUCAUUGUGCAAUUCUAUUACAGACUACCUCGGGUCGACCCAGAGGAAGACCAGAAAAGUUGAAGGAUAAAACUCACCUACCCACCAUCCCACCAGCACCAACAAUACAAAAACCAAAUGAAGUUAUCUUACCAAGUGUUCAAGCUCAAAAGAAGCCAGCGCCAGCUUCUAAGCCAGCACCAGCUUCAAAGCCUGUGCCAGCCUCUAAGAAUGUGCCAGUUUCUACAGUGGUCGAGUUGUUUAUGGAAUGCAAGGAUGAACCUCUUAGUCAGAUCCAGGUAUUGUAUUCAAAUGGGAUACAUAAGUUACAUAGUACAUAGUCAGAUCCAGUUGUUGUUUUCAAAUGAUGUUCAUUAGUCGCCUAGAAACAAAUGCAGAUCCAUGUAUUGUUUUCGGAUGGGCUGCAUCAGUGACCUAGGCCAAAAAAAAAUUUGUAAUAAGAAAACAUUAUUUGUCCUACGAUGAGAGCUGUUUUUCUCUUGGUGAUUUAGUCAAAGUCGUAUUUUUUCACUUUAUAUUAGAUACCCCAAUUUUGCAGUAAGAAGAUUUUUGUCCCACUUCAGAACACUGACAAUUUACAAACAGUCGUAUAGUAUCACUAUGUCUUUUUAAGUUAACGAACAUUAUUUUAUUGAGAGCAUUGACGAAGUCAUUAUCAAAUUUGCUAAGAAAUUUUUCUGUACAAAUCUAGGUGGCAGUAUUACAUUAAACAAAAAUAUUUUUGGAAGACAUUUUUUGUUUUAAUUUUAGAUCCAAACUGCCAAGAAAGAACAAGCUCAGUUUGAACAGUCACAGACACUUGUUAAAGCAGCAAGAGAAGGUCGCCUUAUUUUUCUCCCAGGAGGAAACACACAAAUUCUCGGUUGGUUUUCAAUCUGCUAUUAACUUGGUCAUGUCAGCGGGUGGGGGGGGGAAGCCACCAUUGUGAUAAUCAGUCAUUUUCAGGGAUCCAAAUGUCAAUUUUAAUAAAUUGAUAAAGGCACUUAAUGUUUCAGACUGUCUCACAUCAUCCUUCAUGACCACGCACAGUUAAUGUAUAUCGGAUAUUCGUUGCUAAACUCCUUUUCUGUAGGAUAGCCACUAUUUUAUCAGCAAUGCUGGGGGGGGUGGGGGGGUUGACAAGAUUUUCUUAUGCUUUCCCUGUGGUUUGAUUCUGGGGUUUAAAUCAGUGUUAGUUUUAUAAUGAACUUGAAUUCUUAUUUUAAGCAAGUCGCUAGUACGGGAAUACUAUAAAAAAUUGUUGGUUUUUACUUUGUUUCAACUUAAAAAAAAUUAUUAAUUUCAGAAAAACCUUUCUCCAUGGUCUACACACCCCAGACACCACCAACACCAGUAGCAAAGCUGCCAGCUACAACACCAGCACAAACCCCACCGUCGUUGAAUACCCAGAUCAGGUAGGGGGUGGGGUUUUUUCUGCUUAGAGGUUAUUUUGUGAUGAAACAAAUCAAAAUAGGGUAUCAUCCAAUUCAAUUCUGGAAGUCAUAAACUUGUAGAGGAGGUGAACUGUUGUAAAUGAGCUUGAAGUGUGCGUCAAAGUAUAACUUUUGUUUGUUUCUGUUUUGAGGAAAUUAAACUUUUUUUAUAUUUUUGUUUUAAUAUUUUUUUUUCAAUCAUUUUGCUCGGUGACUUGAAAUUGGUAAAGAAAAAAAAUUGCUUUUGCUUAAUUUUAGUACCUUUGAACAUUUGAAGAUGAGUUGACUUUGAGAUUAGGGGGUUGGGUGAUGUGGUGUGAUAUUUACAAUUUUUAUGAUCCUGUUAAAAAAACAAAAAGUCAUUCGCGCACACUCACUGCAUCAUGGAUUUUGUGCAAAUUUUAUGCCGUGAGAUUUUUGUAUGAAGCUGGCAUCAUUAUGCACUAUAGAAAGAAGAUCUAUAGAUGUACAGAAAAUUGCAUAAAAAGUAAGUACUGUAUUUAUUGCAAUAUAUAACUUUGUUUUGUACAUUCCACUUUAUUGUGUUUAAAACCUUUUUUUUUAUAACCUCAAUGUUUUGGCUUGUUUUAGUGGGUUUCAAUAUGUCAUUUGAUACUAAGGAUAGAGUACUCUGUUCUUAAAUUACCACACCAGUUUCAAUUGUUAUUAAAUGAAUUUCACCACAUUAAAAGGAAAAGUUAUACUCUAAGGUAAGAAUUAGUACAGGUUUUUUGGGUAAAAUUUAAAGAUUUGUUUAAAACCACAUCCUUGUACAUUUACAUCAUUUAGGGCUAUAGUUACAGGCUGCUAUUGCAGGUGGUGGUUACAAAGAGGUGGAAUCUACUGGCCUAAUAGGGAGAACUGUUACAAUUGAUUAGAGAGCAAGCCAUGCAGAACUUUCAACCAGCUGACACUGACAUAUCUUUGAUCAAGGAUUAUGCCUUGAUCUUAUUACAAUUAGUAAACUGAUCUAUUUUAUUGUUGGAAAGCAACAAAAAUAGGAGCACUGAUGUAAAUAAUAAUGAGACUGAAUCUUUUGAAACUCUGGCCAUUGGUUCCUUGAAGGAUCGAAGGAUGGGAUCAAAGUCUGACACUUACAGAUUAUUUUUUUCCCUCAGUUUUUACAGAAAUUUAAAAAAUAAAAUUAGUCAACAUUGUUAUUUCCAACAAUUUCUGCUUGAGAUAAAAACAAUUAAUUUUUUUUAUAUUUGUAAAUAGUUGAGAAUGCAGUAAUUCCUGUUAUUUUUUUUCCAACAUGCCCUGAUGCUCUGAACUUUAAUUGUUCUUCAAGUGAAAGACAGAUUCUUUUUUCCCUUCAUGAUGAUCAUAACAGUUGAGCUUUUACUAGAGAGACAUGUUUUUUUUAUUGUUCAAAAACUUGUUUUAAUCUACAAAGUCUUUGGAAAAACUGUUACAAAAAUGUAUUAAGAUUGCAUUUUUAUUUGAGCACAUCUCUAUUUUGCAGUUUUUUUAAGCUUGAGUUGUUUUUUUUUUUUAGUGCUGUCCAAGCAUACUUAAGCUUACUUAAAUGGUUAUUUUCAUCUUGAAAUCUUUAACAUUUACUUUUGUACAUUCCAGGUCUAAAAAACCAGAAGCUCCAGUUCAAGAGUAUAAGAUUGGUGGUUGGGGGAAAAGGGAUAAUGGUGCUUCUAAAACACAGCAGGGCCAACAAGCCCAUUCCAAGCCCCAGCAGGGCCAACAAGCCCAUUCCAAACCACAGCAGGGCCAAGCCCAUUCCAAGCCCCAGCAGGGCCAACAAGCCCAUUCCAAGCCCCAGCAGGGCCAACAAGCCCAUUCCAAACCACAGCAGGGCCAACAAGCCCAUUCCAAACCACAGCAGGGCCAACAAGCCCAUUCCAAAACGACAGUGGGAGGCAAGGAUAAAUUCAAAACCAACAAGGAGAACAUAAGGAUGAAGCAAAGGCUUCAUGAGAGGUCCAAAGCAGCCAAAUUUUCAAGGUAUUGCUAUAUUUAAUCUAAGGUAGACUAAAAAAUUAUUAUAUAUUUUUAAAAAAAAUUAACAAGAGUCAUCCUUUAGGGUAUUCUGAUAAUAUUUAUUUUUAUUACAUGUCGUUUUCUUUGAUGUCAAACAUCACCAUAAGAAGAAACUCUGAUGUAAUUAGCAAAGCCCAUGUAACACUGUUAGGAUUUUGUAGUCCAUUUCUUAAUUUUCCCCAAGUUUGUGCUAAUGAAAGAGAAAAAAACAAUACUUCUUCAUAGUUCAGAGAUAAAUACCAAAAAAAUGCCAGUUUUUCUCUUUAUGUUUUACAGCAGAAGAACAGCCACCAGACUGCACAGACAGCUGAGGAGACAUGUGCAACAUUCAGAAAAGUAUGCUGCAUAUCUUGAGGAGAAGAGGGGAAAACUAGAGAAGAAUGGGAAAAAGAAGCCACAGAAAGAUGAAAGUGAAGGCGCGCAGUCAAGGGAAAAGAGCUUAAAAAGAGAACCCGAAAACAGGCAGCAAGUAGCACAUAGCAAGAGAGUAGUUUCCAAAAGAGAAAGGUCAGCAACAGAAGAAAAGAUAGUCUUGUUAAGGUUAAACUGUACACAUAGAGUGAGAGGAAUCUAUUGAAAACUCAGAAGUGUUUAUUAACAAACUUUGAACUAAGAUUAAUUUUUUUCAAAUUUGAUUUUUUUUUUUUUGAUAACCCAGUAGCACUAAGCAAUGUUGAUAACCAAGAAGCGCAAAAUUUAAUUCUAACAUUUGAAUCACUCACAUGUUCACCUCUUAAAUGAAUAGCUAGGUGAGGUACAAAUCCAUUUUAAUACAUCUAUGGUGAACUUGUAUGUGUUGAACAUCAAGCAGAUCAAUAGUGCUGGAAAAUUUUUAACACUUGUUCUAUUAACGUUAUCAUGAUAAGGAAUUCACCUUAAGAAAAGAGAAUCGGUUCAUUACCUGCCCUUGGAUUUUCAUAAUUAAUUUGGAAACGAAAAAAUUUGGUUGGAAACCAUAUAUUUCAGCUUGAGGUGCAAACAUCAUCGGCAGUUUUGAGUUGCUAAAGGAAUGGAGGAUUUCCCCUGCUAUUCCUUGAAUGUCUUGUUACUCAAUUUUAACGAAAAUGUUGUUUUAAUAACUAAUAAACUUGAUGAAACUUUAAAAUGGAUUUGUUUGUUCCUUUUUCAGCUGUUUAAGUUUCUGUUUUAGUGUAACAAAACUUGUAACCCAAGGUCAGUGGUGCUCAAAAUUUGGGUGGGGAUCCUGUUUGGGGUUUCUAAGGGUUUUGAUUUAUAUGGUGUCCAUAAGAAAAUAAUUUUACGAUGGGGGUAGGGUACCACUAAAAGGUUUGUGCACCACAAAGGUUUGUGCACCACUGGCAUUUCUUAUUUCUAAAAUUAAAAAAACAUGCUUUUUUUUUUCUUUUUUUUUUUCUGUUGUAUGUUUGUUUUGUAGCCGAAGCUGUUGACAUUUCCAACUUGAUAAUCAGUUUUGCUAUCUUUCAAUGGAAUUUUUGUGUGUCUCUUCUGCAGUGCCAAUCGUCCUGCGUCACCAGAUCUUGUCAUUGUUGGUGAGACACCUCCACGGAAACAGUCCUCUGUAAGUGCCUUUUACGUAAGUGGCACCUGUUGUGUCAGUGCCUGUCAUGUAAUUUACUAGCCAUUUCAGCACCCACUUUGUAAUUGCUUGCUAUGUCAGGGCCUAUUGUGUGAAUAUUAUCUGUUAUUUACAGCUAACGUUAUGAUUGGCGUUCUGAAAGAACUCUGUGGCAUUUUUAUGCCUACUUGUAUGUGUUAAAAAGUCAAGCUGUUGAACCCCUCCCAACCCCUGUGGCUAGAUUUGGUUGCAUUGGUUCUGAUUCACACACAUGGGAAAUAGACUACAGAAGCUUGUAAGUUGUCUCUCUCGGGUAUUCUGGCGUUAAGACUGAAACAGGUGUGCUACAACAUUGAGUAGUUGUCAUUCUGUGGUCUUCAUUUAUUGGUAGUCCGCAUAGAAUUGGGUGCGUACAUGUCUGGCCAUGGUCUUAGCAAUUUGUCGCUUUGCUAGCUUCAUUUUUCUGCAUCUUGACAUAAUAGAGAUAACUUUAGUGAAACUGAUGCACCAUCUUGAUAUCAUUGUGGUUACUUAUUGGUAUGUUGUUUUUUUUCCACAGUCACUAAGAAGCCCAGGAGUCCCUAGUCCAAUAAGUCCUGCAACUCCUACUGGUAAGCAUGUCAAUAUACUUACACAUUAAUGUAAACAAAUUUAUUUAAAAAAACCUCUAGAGGCUAGAUUUUUCUAAAGUAGUACUAAUUCUCCCUCCUCGUCCUCCUCCAACUAGUUUUAAAAUUUAUGCCAGAGAAUAGUUGCCUUGUUUGUUCAGUCAUUUUAACAAGCCCAGUUCAUGAAUCUGCACCUUGCUAGCUCAAGUUUCGUACUAAAAAAAAAGCUGAAAUUAAAUGUUUAAAAGAUUUUCUGUAAAUCACUUUGGUUUCUUUAUUGUUCCAUGCUUUAAACUUUGCUGUCGAGUUAAAACCUGGGAUUUGAGCAGGCUUUUUUAGGGGGCGUUGAGCUCUGCUCCUGAUUCCACUCCGAGCUAUGGCAAAAUAAAAAUGUGGGGAUGGGUUGGCAUAGUGUUAGCUGGUAGAAGAUUGGGGCAACAUAGCUGGUAGAAAAGUGGGGCAACCCUAACAUAGCUGGUAGAAAAGUGGGCAACCCUAACAUAGCUGGUAGAAAAGUUGGGCAACACUAACAUAGCUGGUAGAAAAGUUGGGCAACACUAACAUAGCUGGUAGAGUAGUGGGGCAACAUAGCUGGUAGAAAAGUGGGGCAACCCUAACAUAGCUGGUAGAAAAGUGGGGCAACCCUAACAUAGCUGGUAGAAAAGUGGGGCAACACUAACAGCUGGUAGAGUAGUGGGGCAACAUAGAUGGUAGAAAAGUGGUGCAACAGCUGGUAGAAGAGUUUAGCAAUAAAACAUUUUAACAGCUGGUAAAAAGACCCUGAUCCAAAGCUCAGAACUCCGCUCCAAAUCCAAUGUCAAAACCCUCACUCAUGAAUGACAGUUUUGCUUCUUCUUCAUAGGCAAUUUUGUACAUGGUACACAUGGAAUGGGCGUGAAGCUACCUCAGGGAUGGCAACCCUUGGAGCCCAGCACAUCCAACACUCCUCCCAGCCAGCAACUGAUGCCCGUUCAAACAGCUCACUCGAAAUCUCAGGCUUUCCCAGAGACAAUAACAUCUGUGCAAGCCAAGGCCCAGUCUGAGGCUAUUGCCUAUUUGAGGUAAUGUUGUCCUUUGGUUGUCUGUCUGAUUUUAGGCCCGGUGGAAAUUUAAUGUCAGGGAAUCUUACCACAUUUUAAUUAACGGCAAUCACAUUUAUCACUGAAUUCCCUAUAAUAACUUGUUAUUUCACCUGAGCCAUGACUCUUUAAUUACUGAGACAUUAAAUUUUUUUUUCACUUCAGACAACAGAUGCAGCAACAGGCCCAAGCCAAGGCAGAAUCAGAACCCAUGAAGAAGAGAACCAAAAAACUGGCCCAAAUGGAAGCAGAUGACAGUGGUGAGAUGAUGCUCUGAUUACAUUUGUUUUAUUACCUUAAAAAAACUGCCGCAAUCAGAUUUGGGAUAAGUCAGUUUAAUUAUACUAAUCCAGUGCGUUUAAACAAUUAAACAUAAGAAGAUUGGAUUCUUUUAUUGAUCCAAAAUGACAGAAAGCGAAUGUCUAUAUUUUACGGACAGUACAAAAUAUAUAAAAAUUCAUCUUUUCCCAAAUCUUUGGAGCCUUACAUUGAAGGACAGAAUUCGCCCAGAACUAGCUGGUGUUAAGUAACUGAUGAAGUGGGUGGGGUGUAUCCUCCAAAAUUCUUUUUGUUUUGAAGUUAGCAACUCUCCCCUGAAUUAUUCUUGAGGGCAUGCCUAGUGACCAGUUUCCUAUGGCCGGAUCUACAAAUACCAAGGCUGCUGCCAUCUUGUUGAAAACGGGUCUCUAUUCUUGUUUUCACCAAGAUAUAAGGGGAUUAACAAUACCUUGUUUUUAUUAUCCAUAUAGAUUUUUUAAUUUAGGCAGCACUAAUUUUUAAUUAUUUAAAAUGCUUCGGUCUAUGUCUUUGUGAGGAAAAGAUAUAAAAUGUACAUUACUAAUUGUAUCUGAGAUUCCAACUUGAGCCAAAUUUAAAGAAUCUAGUAAUUUUAAUACUAAUAUGAUACCUGCAUAUUGGUGAGUUUUGAAUUUACGAUUCUAAAGGUACAGAAACAGGGGUAGCUUCUUCUUAAUAUAAAAUAGCUGUUAUUUUCUCUUUAAUGUAUUUGGAAACUUGGUGCUAAAAAAAAUAUAAAUAAUUAAGCUUUCCUUGGGUACUAACAAAAAUUUGUUUAGGCUUGAUAUACGAUUUAUGAUCCAUUUUUUAAUUGACCAAUUUGUUUGGUGCUAUUAUAAUGGGAGGUAAGCAGAACAAAGUGUUUUGAAUAUCCGAUUCUAAAAAUACGUAAACCUGUGCUUAUGUGCAUUGAUGUUUUAUUUAAGGUAACUGGGUGCCUUUAGAUGAAUACUAUUAUGGCAAGAUGGAGGGAAACCCUACCUACCAAGAACAGAAGGGAGAGCUCAGAUUUAAAGUAAGUGCAAUUUUAUCAGAUUCUUUCUAGAUGAGAUUUGUUAUUUCAGUGUGUGGAUUAAAAGUCACUGUUUUCAGUAAAAUCACUAUACGGUGCCAUAAGGUGCUGGAUGGCCGAGUGGUCUAAAUUGAGCAAAUCUCAAGUUGAUGGUCUGUAGUUCAAAGCCACCAAAGCCUCUUCAAGCAAAAACAUCACCAGCAUCCCGGGUGGAUGGGACUCGUUAAACUUGAAUGGCAACUCAUCUAAGAGAAGGAAACUCUGAAUUCAAACCAGGAGAUGGAGUCCAGUAGGCGGAUAACAUUGGUACAAUGAAAAAUUCCAACAACUCCUGCAACGCCACUGGUGCCAAGAUUUAUCAUCCACAUGAUGUCCCCAUGGGUUAUCCAGAGGCGCGGAGAGAGGGGAUUUGCUGUUGGGAACCAGCUUAUAAUCCUAGAAGAAUAAUCAGGUGCCAGAAUACUGCAAGUUCUUAAACGGGGAAGAGUGUUGCAUGGUCCUGCAUAAAAAAUAUUUUUUUAACCCUUUAAUUUUAGUAUUAGCAUACAUUUUUUUAAAAACAUGCAAUAUUUUUUGCUCAAGACCUCAAUAUUUAAGUAAUUUAACAGAUGUGUUGCUCAUUAGUAGUUCUCUUCUACAUUUUUUUAUAGGGAUUUUCUCCUAAUUUUAUUUUGCGUUCAUGAAACAAGAGCUUUAAAGUCAAAUUUGGUGUUGUGGAUUCAAAUAUACAGCACCUUACCCUACACAUACAAAGUUAAAUGAUAGUCCUAAUGCUGAACCUUUCCUUCCUACUAGUGUUGGUACUGUAACAAGAUGCUGUACAACAAUGUGGCAGCCAUGAUGCACAUCCAGGGUCACAUUGACUCUGAGCGGCAGGUCAAUCUGGACCUGAGUGACCUGACACAGUGCAAACAUUGCUACAAACAAUUCGACACACCAUUUGAGAUGCAGACUCACAUUGAGAAGGUGGUUUAAAUUUUUCAUUAACCUAUUUUUUAGUUGUAAGGUUACAAAAAUAUCAAGAUAGAUGUUCCAGACCUGUUUACGCUUAUGAUUUUGGCGUACAAUGUACGAUUUUGAGGUGUACACAUUAUAUAUACUCUGUUUAUUUUUUACUAUUAAUAAUGUAUUGAAUGAUAUUGUAGGAUUUUAAGAGUUUGAUGGUAAACAGGUCUGAUGUUCUUAUGUAUCAGUUGUAAAAUAAAGCACUUUAAAAAAUAUAUACACAUUAGUCUGCUACUUUGGGAAGCAACCUUUUUUAGAUGUUUGAUGAUGUAAGUAGUUAUUGUAGACAUUUAUUUUUAUUUAUUUGCUAUUACCAUACAAUACUGUGCGUUUUGAGAAGAUAAAAUACUAUUCUGAAACGAUAUUGUACUAUUUUGAGAGUUCCAGGGCAGCCAGGUCUGUUGUGUGUUAAUUAAAAUAUCAACGAGAUUGGUGCUCUUAGUAUGUUAACUAAAAUAUCAACCAAAUAAAUGUUCUUAUGUUUGUUGUAUGGUUCCAAAAAUAUCAACCAGAAAAAUGUGAUACAUGUUAGCUUGAUCACUAAAAUUAAGGUGCACACAGUGUCCGUGUAGUUCAAGUGUGAACACUAUACAACCCUGGCAACUUGGUGUCUCACUUGCUUCAUUAAUUCCUUUAUAAAUCAAAGAAAUCAAGAUACUGAAAUCAAUAUGGGAUGUAAAUCAAAAUACAAACAGAAGGCCUAAAUGAUUUUUAAGUGUCUUUAGGCAUAAAUUUGAGUUUUUCAGUCAUAAAAAUUGAGCUGGUUAACCCUUAAAAGUUGAGCUGUGCAAUCAUAAAAAUAUAUGGUUUUUAAUACCUUUGUACUUGUGUGUCAUAUUUGUUCGGUGCAAUGAAAUCAUUGUCUUUCAGGUUCACAUGAACAAUACCAAUGUGCUUCUGUGUCGUAUCUGUGAGAAAGACCAUGAGAAUCGCCAUGCCUUAACUGACCACAUGAGGAGGAACCACAACGCCUGCGAGAUGCCCUACAUUUGCCAGCUGUGCAAGUUCAGGUCAUCGAUGUACAGUGAUGUUGUUGAUCACUUUAAGAAGGUGAAGAUGUAAACAGCUGUUUUUUAACAUUUCCGACUUGUUCCUAAGGCAAGCUGCACACAACUUCAGCAAAUUAAGCCACAGCACUGUGACACAUUUUGUUGUCACAGUAUGUAUGCUCUGUAGGGAAGUGUCAGUGUAGAAUUGAUAUUUAAAUUAUUUAAAAUAGGUUUUAAAAAAACAUUUUUAUUUGACUCUCUCCAUAAGCAUGUGAUUCUCUCCAAUCCACUGCUGGCUGAAAAAACUAUGGAAAUUAAUUCUGUCUCAGUUUUGUUUUUCAAAAUUCAAUGCCAGCAGGCUGGAGUAAACUAAUUGAAAAUGAAUUUUUAAAAAAAAAUAAGAUGUCAGACCAUAAGUAUUUUUUAAAAGCUUUGUCUAUAGUUCAGUCUGCCACUGUCAUGACAUUUGCUAAUAGUUUGCUACCAUUGUCAUGUAAUAGGCUGAGUUCAAGCUGCACUAAUCAUGUAAUGUUUUUGGUUACUUGAAACAUGCCUCUUUUUUUUUUUUGGUCCCCAGAAACACAACAGUUCAGAGUCCAUGCUUUGUCUGUAUUGUCUCAGGGUGUUCCAUGUUCGUUUUGUCAGCCAGGGAUGGGGUCAGACCUCAAUUUAUUACAAUCACCUCAUGAAACAUCAGGUUAGUAACUAAUUCAAUGGCACUUAUUUUUCUGUUGAUUUGAACAAAAACAAAAUUUGAUAGAAAGUGAAAGGGAUACUUAAAAGUAAGUGUUGAAUCAUUGUCAUAAAUGUAUACAUUAGAUGAAAAAUACCAUUUAAUUUUCUCUACUACCUCAUAGAACUUUACCUUCUAAACCACAAAUAUUAAAAAAAAAAAAAAUCCUGAUUGUAAUGUUAGCAGCUUACAAAUCAAAUGAAAUAUGGAGAUAAUUUGAAUGUAACAUUUUAAAUUGCAUGAUGUCUUGUAUGUCUUAAGUUACUGCUCUCAAAUAACCAAAAGCUAUAAAAGGCUCUAGGUGAAAAUCACUCACAGAUGCACCUCACUAACAACGUCCGAUAUAAAUAAGCUCAGCUUUUCCCUUGUAUUUCAGAUAAAAAAUUGCUGUAGGAAAUGCCAGCACUGUAAACUAAUAUUCUUAAACCCAGGUGAUCUCAAAGCUCAUCGUAAACUGGACCAUAUGCCAAAUCAGAAAGGAGUCAUUGGUAGGUUUGUGGCUUUAGAACCAUUAAGUUUGGAUAAUGAUUGCAUCCAUAUUUGUAACACCUUCAUGAGCCAAAGUUUCAUUAAGGUCUGUUUAUUUCAGAAAGUAGAAAUGUGGAAACUGCAUAACUAUCUUGGUACAUUUGAUACCAUUGAAAGUUUGGUGGGACUGUCAUUUUACCUUUUUCAAAUACUUUGUCGUCAACAUUUCUAACAGCUAAUGUUUAUAAUUUUAUAUAUGCGUCUGUAAAUAUCAGAAGCUAAUGAAGGGAUUGGUUUGCGGUUGUUUACAUGUUGCUGAUAGAAAGCGGAAAUCACACUAUAAAAAUUUUCUUCAGGCUGCAAUGCCAUGGGAGGUUACUGCCAAAUUCUUUUGAUUUCAUCGAAGAAUUUACAAUAAGAGAACUAUAGGAAAAUAAGGAAAUAAACGCAACCAGUUAUGAAUUUUAUUUAAUGUUAUUAUAUCACAAUGUAUAAAAUAUAUGUUUCACAUAUUUUUUUUCUGAACCCAUUUACGUUUUUUUUGUGUGUUUUGGCUGAGAUUUUAAUGGGUAGAAUCUCUAAACAGUUGGGGUUGAAUGUAUAAAGGCUUCAUACUGAAACACAUUUGUUGUGGGGUGAAUCCUUAUUCAGGACAAUUUAUUUUUAUUCUUCAAAAUUUUAUUUUUUCCUAAUUAGUUUCUAAGCUAAUAUCAACAGUGUAUGCUGUUCAGUCACAUUUUUAUUUAGCAGGUAUGUUCUUUAAAAACAACCCACAGAAGUAUAUAAAAGUAUAUAAAAUAUAUUUAUUUAUUGUUGCUAUUUAUUUAACCAUAAAUGUUAUGCUAUUUUGGAGGCGCUUUUACACACACACACAUACGCACACACCACAAUACUCACAAAAAAUAUAGAAACCCUCGUAAGGCAAGGCAUAGUCACAAAUUUGUGGGCAACACAACAAACACACACAGAAAACACCCCCCCUUUCCCCCAAUUGUGAUGCCGUUUUUGGAUGGCAGAAUAACCUUAACUCUCAAAAGAGUUAAAACUGGUAUUUAAAAAAAAAAUUAAUUAGCACCUGAUCUCUUCUCUUGUUACAGGUAUGAAUGCUAAGUACACCACCCCUCAUCAAGUGAUGAUCAAAGUGACGGAGAAAUGUGACAGUGUGGGUGGCAUCAAGUCCUUGAAUGUUCCAGCCGUCAAGAAAAUCAUGGAUCAUAAACUGAUAUUCCCACCCAGCCUUUACAAGCUCAAGUGCAUCGAGUGUAAGAUGCUCAUGGGAAUACCCGACCACUACAAGUAUGUAUUAUAUUAUGAUCAUAGUUUUAUAUAAAAAAAACUGCAUAUCCUUAGGUAACUACUGAAAAUAUACCUAUAAAAAUUGACUUUAUGUGCAUUUUUAACAUUUUUGGUUUCAUGUUGAAUCCCGUCCACAUGCACCUAUUUCAAACAAGAGUAUGUGAUAUAUAUUUUUUAUCUUUAAUUACGAAAAUUAAUUGCAGCUGUUUCAGUUUUGAAAGAAGCUAGUUUAAAUGUGACCUUAAUAGCGGUAGACUCUGUCCACAGAUUUGUAACCCCAUAUAUUUAUUUAUUUAUUUAUUUAGACAUUUUUAUAUAGCGCUUAUCAUAAAGCUCUAAGCGCUUUACAAUUAUUAAAACAUGUAAACUAAGUAAAUACAAAUGAGACACUAGGAUAGUAACUACUAUUCUAUAGAAACAAUGAAAAUGGCUAUAAAACGAGGACACUUUGACACUUCAGGAUCAACCCGAAACAGAAAAUGAGGUAGGGCAAGGAGGGUGCAUCACAGGUCAUAGGCGGACCUAAACAGAUGAGUUUUAAGGGACUUUUUGAAAAUGGACGAGGUUUCACUAUGACGUAUAUGGAAGGGGAGCUGGUUCCAGAACGUGGGCCCAUGGAAGCAGAAGGAGCGUUCACCGAUGGUCUUAGUUUUAGUUCUUGGGAUUGAGAGGGUUCUACUGUCAAUGGAAGAACGUAGUUGUCUUGUGGGGAUGUAAGGAAGCAACAGUUCAGAGAGAUAGACAGGAAAGUGAGGGUCAGUGAACGAGUUGAAGCAAAGAUUGGAAGACUUGUAUUUGAUGCGAGAGGAUAUUGGAAGCCAGUGGAGUUGCCGCAUGUGUGGUUGAAUGUGGUCAUGUUUCUUUAAUUUAAAAAUGAGUCUGCAUGCUGAGUUCUGUGCCUUCUGAAGUUUUUCUAUGUGGUGUUGAGGAAUGCCUGAGAGAAGAAUGUUACAGUAGUCAAAUUUUGAAAGAAUGAGUGAAGAGACGAGAGUUUUUGUGGCAUCAAAGGAGAGGAGGUGUCUAAUGGUGCUGAUUUUUCUAAUUUCGUUAUAUGCUGAUCUGCAUAUAUUCGUGACAUGUUUGUCCAUGGAGAGGGUGUCCGUAAGAGUGACUCCAAGGUUUCUGGCAGAGGGAGAGAGUGUGAUGUCAGAGUUGCCAAUAGAUAUAGAAGAAGGAGCGAAUGGAGGGAGAGGUUUGUUUUGAGAGUGGAUGAGAAGGAUUUCCGUUUUAUCAUCAUUUAGCUUCAGUUUGUUGCAAGUCAUCCAACGCUUUACAUCGUCCACGCACUCCUGUAUGCGAAGGAUUGUGGCAUCAAGUUGAUCAGGAAAGCAAGAGUCACUGAUUUGAGUGUCAUCAGCAAAGGAUUGACUGGAAACUGAGUGGUGGCUAAUGAGAGAUGAUAGAGGUUUAGUAUAUAUAUUACGAUAUUACUGAGAGACACCUGUCUUGUUGUUUCAGGAAGUUCAUCCAGUGUUCAAUGUGCAGAUUUGCCACAAGUUGUUCCUUUGCCUACGCCAAUCACAUGAUGGGCUUUCACUCUGGUCAGAUGACUGCAGCUGCAUCCCACACACCCACUGAAGGGAAACUGGAGGAGCAGUUAUACUGUGCCUGUGGGUUUGUCAGCAGUUACGGAAACCGUAUUGGUGAGCCUUGAGAUAUCUCUCUCCCUUCAUAUGUUUUUGAGUUUCAAUUUUUAGAAAGUUAAUUAGAAUUCUAUCAAACUGAUAACAAAAACUAUUGAUAGAAUAAUUACUAAGAUUCUAAUCGAAGACAUUUCCCUUAAAAUUUUUAUUUUCUUUUAAAAAGUUAAACUUAUUACAGAAAAUAAUUUUAUUUUACCACAGCCAAUCAUCUGGUUGCUUGCUCUAAAAGUUCGUGCUCUAAAGAUAUGCCUCCACCAUCAACUUCAGAAGAAUUCGGUAAGUUAACAAACUUUGGAAACUAACUGUUGAAAUAAAUUAUUGAAUUUAAAAAAAAAAAAAAAUGUGCUUAAGAUCUUAAAGUUUUUUAUUAUCUAGCCCUGAUUUUACCUUUUACCCAUAUAACAUUUCAUUCCAGUAUGGAUUCAGAAACCUCUGGAAGAAUUAGUUAGGAUCAGUGUUUAUUCAUGCACACAUUGUUUUGUCUUGUGUUGAGUUUUUUUAUUUCUUGUGAUCAUAAAGUGAAUGUUUUAAAAGCCCUCCUGAAGUGGAACGAGCUCAAUAAACAUAACCUUGAAGUGAAAAGUUUUAAAAGUGUUAACUGUAAAGUGAAUGUUUUAAAAACCCUCCUAAAGAAGAACGAGCUCAAUAAACAUAACCUUGAAGUGAAAAGUUUUAAAAGUGUUAACAAUAAAGUUAUGUUUUAAAAGUGUUAACUGUAAAGUGAAUGUUUUAAAAGUGUUAACUGGUGUUGACAAGAACCUCUCCUUUCACAGGACUGGAGCUCCAAGAUCCCAGAAAGAAACCCGAUGCUUCAUUGCUGGAUGUUCUUGGAUUGGUCAAGAAAGACACUCUGCCAGCAUCAAGUACGUUCAGUGAUCCAGAACCUCCAUUAAGUUAUCAGAGAUACACAUAUAUAGGCCUAUCGAAAAUUUGCUAUAAAGAAUUUGUCUGAUAGGAAUUCGUUCAAAUGGAAAUUUGUCGGGCGGGAAAUUAUUCAAUUGGAAAUUUGUUCAUACGGAAGUUUGUUUCAAAAUAACAUAAUGGGGAAAAAAAUGAAGAAGAAGAAAAUGUUAUUAAACAAUUUACAUUUUUCCCAUCUCUCACUCAUAAGUUCCCUUAAGAAAAAAUUUAAAUAAAUAAAUCUCCUUUUAACAAAUCAUUUUGUUUUAAACAAACACCUCCGUUAAUUUUAUCAGAGAUACAAGGAAGAAAAAAUGCCAACUGCAAUUUUUUCCAGAUUUAUUAUGGUUUUUGUACCAUCAAAUUUAUUUGUGUCUAACAUUGCAAGAUAUAAACUGAGAAACUAUUGGAACCUUUUUUUAAUGAGUGUUUUAUUGUGUGAUAUUACAGUAAAAUAUCUAAUAUAUCUGUGUUCUUUAAUCUGGAACAACUUGUUUUAAGGCAUAAAAUGUAAGCUGUGCCCAUUCUGGGGGGAACACCACCACCCCCCCCCCCCUCGCCCCAUCACACCAUUUAGUGUUUAAAAGAACAUGUUGAUUUUAGCUCUCACCAAAGCCAUUUUAACACACAAAGUAUUUCCACCACAGUGCCCCGUCGUGACUCGCCGCCCCCUGAACCGGUGGACAUGCCAGAGGUGGCAACAUUGGAUGUGUUGCCAAGGAGGCCGUCUCUCCUGAGUGAUUCCAAGAAGAAAACAUGGAAGAAUACACCCAAGGUGAGGAUCUAUAUUACAGGAGUCACAAAUUUUUUUAUUUGAUAAUAAAUGGGAUUGGGAUAAAUUGUUGUGCCUUGAGUCCUACAGAUCACUUUGUUUCUUUUCUUCCUUUAGUGGGAAAAAGACGUGGAACCGUCUGAAUCAAAAAAGAAAGAUACCACGGCAGGGGCAGAGAAUUUUGAGCAGGAUGUCAAAGAAACGGAUGCAAAAGCAGAAGGAGAAUCGGAUAAAGAAACAAAAAUGGCAGAUGUAGCCACACCGUCAGACGGUGAUUCCAAGGAACCUAAUGAUGAUGUCAGUGAGGAUAAGCUGAAGCUAGAAGAUAAACAAGAUAAAGAAAUUGAGAUGAUUGGAGACACCAACGAAACCCUUGAGUCAGAUGACAAUGUUUUGCAAGACAAAGGGGAUGAGGCAGAAGGCGGUAAGUCAAGGGUGGAGGUUGCAUCAGAUGAGGAGGACAAUCUUUUGAAAGAUGAUGUGAGUACUCCUCAAGAUGUGGUUGAAGAAGAGCCUCUUGGAGAAAAGUUAAGAGUCAAGGAUUCAGACCUUAGUGAGAAAGAUGCUAAAGAAAAUCAGAUGGAUGAAAUGAGUUCUGAUAACACAGAGUCGGUUGGCUCUAAAAUUGGAGAUGUCGAGAGAGAAACAUCAAAAACUGAGAACACAGAAAGUAAGGCGACAAUGGAGGCAGAUGAUGAGAACGAAAAUAAGACUGAGAAUAAGAUUGAGAAACCAGAGUUGGUGAGUUGUUUUGAAGACAAGACAGAAAUGCAAGCUCAGGAGGAUCAUGAUAACAAGGAUUACAGAGGUAAUGAUGAGGUUGAAGACCAGCGAGCCAGGUGCCAGAAAGGCAGUGAUGAGCAGCCUAGUAGGUCUGACAGUGUAACAUUAGAUAGAAACAGUGAAGGCAAUGAUGAUCACGUCAGUAGGUCUGACAUUGUAAUAUUAGAUAGAAACAGUGAAGGCAAUGAUGAUCAUGUCAGUAGGUCUGACAGUGUAAUAUUAGAUAGAAACAGUGAAUGCAAUGAUGAUCAGCCCAGAAGGUCUGACAGUGUAACAUUAGAUAGAAACAGUGAAGAAAGUUUGGAUAAAGUCAGUGAAAAUGUUCGGUUACAAGUUGAGGUUCCAAGGCAAGAUUCUUCAGAGAAAAAUAGUGACAGCAAUCAUAUGCAAGGCCAGGAUCAGAGACAAGAUGAGUCAGAUGGUGACAUAAUUCAGUUACAAAGCCAAGUUCCAAGACAAGAAACCUCAGCUGAAAGUUUGGAGAAAGAUGAAGAUGAUAUUCAAUUGCAAGAUCAGAUUUUGGGGCAAGAUACUUCAGUUGAAAGACAGGAUAAACCAAAAGGCUUGGUUGUGGAUUACGGCAGUAGCUCAGAUGAGGAAGAGGAAGUAAUGAACCAAGUCAGUUUCAAUGUGUCAGACAUUCCACUACCAAGUAAUGAACCAGAUGCUACCGAGUAUGUGAUAGCUGAUAAGGUCAAUGAAGAGGAAAGCACAGCCUUCAGUAAAGGUCUUAGAAGUGAAAGUUGUGCUGGGCUGGUCUUGACAGAAUACAGUGUUGAAGACAGCAUCAGCAAAUGCCCAGACGAUAUUGUCAAAGAGGAUGACCCACUGGAUGCUAAUGUCAAGGAAACAGAAACUAAAAAUGUGGAAGAACUGUCCAGCUACGAGGACAGCCAGUCGACAGACUUCAAGACUUUGUUCACUGAUGCUCCAAACCUAGAAGGAGAACAAACAAUAACAGCUGAACAGGACAUGGACAUAGAUGAAGAAGAGUCCAGCGGUCAUGUGCUAAAUGAAGAAUUGAAUGGUGAAAAAGAGCCGCUGGCUUUGACACCUGGUGAAGCUUUCGAUGAGCUGUCGUCAGACUCUGCACAGAAAGCAGACUUUGAUGGGGAGCACCAUGCCUCAUCCAGCAUCUCGGAGACUUCUGAUUCUCAGCAAGUCACUCUGCCGACCUCGUCGUCCUCAUCGUCGUUUAGUAAUCUCAACAGAGCGGACCUGACAGAGCGUAUCAGUGAUGUGUUCUCUCGGGAUUCUAUUGGGGAGGGCAGCAGUGAUGCCAGGGACUGGAGUGGGAACUUCCCGGCAGCUCAGCAGUCCUCAGGUACUUUAACUCUAGUGGACCCUGCAGGCCAAGAAAGUUUAUUUUCUCAGAAAAGUUUUUUGUCUCAAGACAUUGUCGUAAAGAUUCCAGAGAAAUUGUUGGAGUCACAAGCAUCCACUGAUGAUGCUGUACCAGAAAAGUUUUCAGCAGCACAAACAUUCACAGGUGACGUGGUGUCAGAGAAGUUUUCGGAAGCACAAGCAUCCACUGAUGAUGCCGUACCAGAAAAGUUUUUAGCAGCACAAACAUUCACAGGUGACGUGGUGUCAGAGAAGUUUUCGGAAGCACAAGCAUCCA